AUGUUGAAGAACAUUGUCAAAGUUCUAGAAGACAUGAAAGGCAUGAAAGAAGCCAUACUGGAGAGAAACCCUAUGAAUGCAACCAGUGUGGUAAAGCCUUUGCAUGUCACAGUAAUCUACAAAGUCAUGAAGGAAGCCAUACUGGAGAGAAACCCUAUGAAUGCAACCAGUGUGGUAAAGCCUUUGCACGUCACAGUCAUCUACAAAGUCAUGAAAGAACCCAUACUGGAGAGAAACCCUACGAAUGUAACCAGUGCGGUAAAACCUUUGCAUGUCACAGUAACCUCCGAAAGCAUAAAAGAACCCAUACUGGAGAAAAACUCUAUAAAUGUAAUCAAUGUUUUAAAACCUUUGCACAUCACAGUACUCUUCAAACACAUGAAAGAAGCCAUACUGGAGAGAAACCCUAUGAAUGUAACCAGUGUGGUAAAGCCUUUGCACGUCACAGUAAUCUACAAAGUCAUGAAAGAAGCCAUACUGGAGAGAGGCCCUAUGAAUGUAAUCAAUGUGGUAAAGCCUUUGCAUGUCACAAUUAUCUCCAAAAGCAUAAAAGAACCCAUACUGGAGAGAAACCCUAUGAAUGUAAUCACUGUGGUAAAGCUUUUACAUGUCACAGUCAUCUUCAAAGGCAUCAAAGAAGCUAUACUGGAGAGAAACCAUAUGAAUGUAACCAGUGUGGUAAAGCCUUUGCAUGUCACAGUCAUCUACAAAGGCAUGAAAGAACCCAUACUGGAGAGAAACCCUACGAAUGUAAUCAGUGUGGUAAAGCCUUUGCAUGUCACAAUUAUCUCCGAAAGCAUAAAAGAACCCAUACUGGAGAAAAACCCUAUGAAUGUAAUCAGUGUGGUAAAGCCUUUGCAUGUCACAGUGAUCUUCAAAGGCAUGAAAGAACCCAUACUGGGGAGAAACCCUAUGAAUGUAACCAGUGUGGUAAAGCCUUUGCACGUCACAGUAAUCUACAAAGUCAUGAAAGAAGCCAUACUGGAGAGAGGCCCUAUGAAUGUAAUCAAUGUGGUAAAGCCUUUGCACAUCACAGUCAUCUACAAAGUCAUGAAAGAACCCAUACUGGAGAGAAACCCUAUGAAUGUAACCAGUGUGGUAAAGCCUUUGCAUGUCAUAGUAACUUCCGAAAGC